AUGGGAAUUUGCAUUUCAGGUGAUUUGAAGACCUUUUGGACACAGUUGGGAGGUAGAAGAGUGGAUGCCAUAUUUGAGCAGGUGCAAGAUGUGCUGCUUUUGCUAAAGGAAAAGAUCAAGAAUGGAACUGCCACAAAUGAAGAAUGCUGGCAAGCUUGGGCACUGGUGAAUGAAGCUAAUGUAGGUGAUCUCUUAACCUUGACAAAUGUAAGUGAUGUGUUUGACAGAGAUGGCAUACAGGAAACCAAACUCAAAUUGCAGCCUCUUCUUACAGAUGACAACACUCCAAAGUCUGUAGAAGGUUCUCAAAGCAGAAAGAAGGAGAUGGAAAAAACAGAUUCAGGGAGUAAAGAAGCAUCUAGUAAAGUUCAAGAUUUACCUUCAAACCUGCAGUAUCAGAACCACAAGUGCUCUAGUGCAUGUCUUGCCAACAGAGCAGCAGGCUUCUACAAGGGUGAAAAUCCUCUUAAGAUACCGAUCCUGUUUCGCUUCCAAAGAUGCCAUGCAAAAGCAGACUGCCUUUCCAAAUCACUGGAUGUGAAUUACAAAGCUCCAUGCGGUCGGAGUCUGAGAAGCUUUCAAGAUGUACAAAAUUAUUUGUUUGAAACUGAGUGCAAUUUCUUAUUUGUUGAUUAUUUCUCCUUCAACACAUAUGUACUGUUAGGUAGGAACACUGUAAAUCCAGAACCCCUUGUGUUUGAUUCUGAUAUUAGCCAUGGAGCUGAGUCUGUGCCUGUUUCCUUCUGCAAUGAUAUUGACUGUGCAAGAUUACCUUAUUUCAAAUAUCGGAGGGCAUCAUGGCCACGUGGAUAUUACCUCAACAACUUAUCCAGCAUGUUUGUUGAUUCAUGUGGCUGCACAGAUGGCUGCAUUGAUAGGUCAAAAUGUGCAUGCCUACAGCUAACUGCAAGAGGCUGUAGUAAAACUUCUGUAUCUCCAAAUGGUAAAAUAUCCUAUGGAUACAGUUACAAAAGACUAGAGCGACCUGUUCCUAGUGGAAUUUAUGAGUGCAGUGUGUUGUGCAGGUGUGACAAGAUGAUGUGUCAGAACAGAGUUGUACAGCAUGGCAUUCAAGUCAGGUUGCAAGUGUUCAACACAGAGAAGAAAGGCUGGGGCGUUCGCUGCCUAGAUGAUAUCGACAAGGGGACUUUUGUCUGUACCUACUCAGGCAGAUUAAUGAGCAGAGCUGAAAUUCAAGUACUGGGAGAUGCUGGUCAAGAGCUUAAAGAAAAUAAUGCUGUGAAUAACAGAGGCCAUGGCUUUUUCUCCAAGAAAAGAAAACUUGACACUGAUUGUUCAGACUCUGUGACUGAACUAGUGCAGACUGGCAAAAAUGACAUUCCUGAGAAGCAAGGAUCUUUGUCUCAGGUUGUGGAUAAUGAAAAUAAAUCAACCCUGGUUCGUCCAAGGAAUUUAAGCACUGACACUGCAAGAAGGCCUGGAACUAGAACAGUUAUUUUUCAUAAUCACCAGCAAAAAAAGAUAGAAAUAGAUACAAUGGCGAUCAGUGCCACCUCAGAUGAAGAUAAUAGUUCUCCAAUUAAUCAGUCAAGCAAAACAAAACUAACCAGUGGAUCAAAGACAGGAAAAGAAAAAUCCACUCAACAGCAAAAGGAAGCACAUCCAGUGGAAACUGGACAGACUGAGUCUGCUGAUGUGGACAGUGCAGAAUGCAAAAGAAAGAAUGUGUCUCUGCAGGGUGUUGAUUGCGGCAAGUCAGGUGUGCUGGAUGACAUAUCUGUUGUGAAGCCAUCCAAAAACAUACCACUAAAGGCUGACUGCAAAAACAAAAAUCACAGGCAAUCGAAAGACCUAUUUUGUGAGGAGGCUGGUGGUGACAGGAUGCUUCUGAAGAACGUUAAUGAAGAAAAUAUUUAUGUACUGGAUGCCACAAAAGAAGGAAAUGUGGGUCGUUUUCUUAAUCACAGUUGCUCCCCAAAUCUCUUUGCACAGUGCAUUUUUGUAGAGACUCACAACAGAAGUUUCCCAUGGGUGGCGUUCUUCACAAACAGGCAUGUGAAAGCUGGAACCGAACUCACAUGGGAUUAUGGUUAUGAAGCUGGAAGUAUGCCAGAGAUAGAGAUUUCCUGUGAGUGUGGAGUUCAGAAGUGCAGGAAAAAUUUUCCUGCUCCAGGUGUUUUGUGCGUAAUGGAGAAGAUGGUGAGAAGAACAUGUGCAUUUUGCUCAGAUGGGGAGGCUGGUUCUGUGAUGUAUAUUGCCAAAGAGCGAAAUAUUGCCGCUCAUCAGGAUUGUCUGUUAUUUUCUUCAGGAUUUGUGGAAUCUGAAGAAUAUAACCCAGAUAACCUGGAACUAAGGUUUGAUGUGGCAUCAGUGUUGAAAGAACUCAAGAGAGGAAAGCGGCUGGUGUGCAACUUCUGCCGCAAGAAAGGAGCCACUGUGGGCUGUGAGGAAAGAGCCUGUCGCAGAAGCUACCACUACUUCUGUGCACUCUGUGACGAUGCAGCCAUAGAAGUGGAUGAAGUAAAUGGAAUUUACCGAGUGUUCUGCCCAAAACAUGACCCAGGCAAUAGGACCAAUCACUAUGGUACAGCUAAUAAGAGGAGAAGACAUACAGUGAAAUCUCCCACCAUGGCGGAACAAAUGAGCACACAAGAGACAGCAGAAGAAAACAGUUUACGAAUACUAAAAAGAAAAAACAACAGGCAUAAAGUGCGAAUAGACUUUCUUAGGAAAUGUAAGCAGGCUGGGCUCCUGGAUGACAUAUUUGAAGAAAUGCUGGACACACUUCACCUGGCACAGGAAAAACUGAUGGAUGACAACACUUCAGAAACAGAGUAUGAAGAGACAGUAAUAUCACUCUUUGACUGUGGACUGUUUGAAAAUAUACUGACAAAUAUUCAUUCAGGAACAGAGGAAAAAAUCCAGGAACUUCUGGAAAGCAGAAAAAAACUGGAUACUAAGAUUGAACUACUGCAGGACUUGAAAGAAGUCGACCUUCUUACCCAAGAGAACACUGCCAGUACAUCUAGUACAAUGUCUGAAUAACCCUUGAGUCUGUCUGUAGUGGUGUCAAUAUUUAGGAUUUUCUAAUGGUAGAAACCAUAGAGCCUGUCUGGUCAGUGUCUUGAGUAAUUCCCUCUGGCCCUCACCCCUACCCCAAGAUAGGGAUACAGGCAAGAAGUGGGUGUUCUACUAAUUUUUAUACCUCAGUGUUGCAAUAAUUUUAAGUUGUCCCUUUCUUUAAAUUUUCCCCUGGAGCAAUGAGCAUUACACACCAAAUGUUAGCUUUUUCUAAAGCUCAGUAAACCUUCCAAUGAAGACUUCUGUUGCCUUUCAGACAAGGGACCACCAGCUGCCACAGAGCACUUGUUAAAGUCACUUCAGCUGUGGGAGCCCUCUUCUGAUUGUGCUGUAGCUGCUUCACUGUCUGCAGGACAGUGAUGGUUUAAGGAUCAUGUUGCUGCUUUGGCUUUCCAAAGAAGAUAAAAUUAGCAGAACUUGCACUUACAGAAGCCUUCUGAAUUAUAAACAGGAGUUUGGAUUUUUUAAUUCAAUGAUUCUUGAUUGACUGCUCAAUGUAUAACUUGUUCUGCUGUAACAGUGUUUGCAAGCAGACCCAAAACAGUUGGGCAUCAUACUCUAUGUAAAAUGGGUCAAAGAACAAAUUGUGUUUUCCUUUCACUAGUAAGAAAGGAUAUGACUUCCAUCUGUGUUGUCUUUAAAAAAAAUGUUUUGAAUACAAAAAAGCAUUGUUUAGCUACACAAGGGUAAGUUAACAAAAUAAGAUGUUUAUAA